AUGGAAAAUCUAGAAAAAAAUGAUGAAAUCAACGGCAAGGUUGCGCUAAACGAAAUUAAUGUGAGAGAAGACGUAGUAUUUGAAGCCAGUAAUCCGCUUGUAAUAUAUCAAAAAUCAAGUGUUCAAACUUGGGUACUUGGACAUUCGGGUAAAGUUGCACAAGUACCAUCAUCAACAGUCACCACACAGAUGAUACCAUCUUCAUCGCGAGGUCGACCGAAAAUCAAAGACCGAAUGAAAGCUAUCGGUUUACCAAGAUCCUCAUACAACUUACGCCAAGCCGAACCAGUCAAAUUUAAUAAGUUAGCAAAAGAUGAAAAAAAACAAUUGAUAAUAAGCUGUGUUUUGAACCAAAAUAAGAAAAAAACCGUGAAAGAUGUUCACGACUUUGUAUGCGCAGGAGUAACAUCAGCUCCAAGUAUCUUUCAAGCAGAACUUAGAGAGAUAUUAAAGGGAAUUGAGGGAGUGAAUUAUGCGAGUAUUGCCGAACCGCUGUAUCGAUUAUUGAGAAAAGAUGGAUUAUGGGCAUGUCUAGGCUCACAUCAAGUAUUGAUGCAAUACAAGCCAUCUUUACCGGUUAAAGUGACAUGCGAUGCUUCACCAUUUGGAGUCGGAGCAGUCAUAGUACACGUACAAAAAGAUAAAACUGAAAGACCGAUCGCUUUUGCUUCGCGAGUUUCAUCAAAGGCCGAACGAGGAUAUUCUCAAUUAGACAAGGAAGCAUUGGCGAUUGUUUUUGCAGUUAAGACUUUCCAUCAGUAUUUGUACGGAAGGUAUUUUGAGUUAGAAACAGACCAUAAGCCACUUAUCUAUAUUUUUGGUCCUAAAAAAGGGAUACCAGUAAUGGCGGCUAGGGUUGACAACAAGACGGCAGAUUUUCUAUCAAGAUGUGUAAAUGACGAAAAGCACGAGUUUGGAAUGUCGGGGCUUGAAGAGGAAGAGUUAUGUAAAUAUACGUAUUUGAACUAUGUAUUGGAUGAUGUUGGUACGAUUGAUGUAAGGGUAUUGGCUGAUGAAACAAAAAGAGAUCAUGUAUUGAAACAGGUUUUAGAAUCCGUGAGAACAGGAAGGAAAACAAAGGUAGAGAAAGAGUUAGAACCUUUUAAAAAUCGAGCGCGUGAGUUAUGUCUAGAAAAUGAGUGCUUGAUGUGGGGGUACCGGAUGGUAGUGCCCAAGUCGUUGAGAAAGUACUUGCUGGAAGAACUGCAUAGCGCACAUGCAGGAAUUGUAAGAAUGAAGGCUAUGGCUAGAUCUCACGUGUGGUGGCCCAAUAUAGAUGCUGAGAUUGAAGAGUUAUCCCAGUCAUGUCAGUUGUGUUUGGAAGCUGCAGAUAGCCCUCCGAGGGCUCAAUUACACUGUUGGAACUGGCCUGAGGAACCUAACCAUAGGCUUCAUAUUGAUUUUUUAGGACCAUUAGAGUCUCAAAUGUACGUAGUUAUAGUAGACGCGCAUUCGAAGUGGGUAGAAAUAAGAACAAUGAAGGACAUCAAAGCCAAGGCGACGAUUAAAGUCUUGGAAGAGUAUUUUGCAGCUUGGGGACUUCCACAGAAAUUAGUCUCAGAUAAUGGGCCAGCGUUUAUAGCAAGUGAGUUUGCACAGUUUUUAAGAAGGUAUGGCAUAACACACAUUAAGCCAGCUCCGUACCAUCCGGCGUCAAAUGGAGCCUCGGAAAAUGCCGUGCGAUCAUUUAAGAAGAAGUUCAAGGUUCUCCGAAAGGCUGGCUAUGAUAAAGAUGACGCUGUACAAAAGUAUUUGUUUUAUACCCGAGCUACACCACACAGUACAACGAGGGUUAGCCCUGCAGAGCUGCAGAUAGGACGCAAAUUUCGUACGCGGUUAGACUUAAUUAGACGGGACGUACGACAUACAGUGGAAACAAAUCAAGUAAGGCAAGCGAGUCACUUUUCGGAAAGUCGAAAGAUUGAUUUCCCAGUUGGGUCAAAAGUCAUGAUCAAGAAUUAUAGAUCGGAUUCAUGGGGACCUGCAACAAUUGAGACUAAGCUCAGUCCAAUGACAUAUACGGUGAAGACAAGCCGGGGUACCGAGAAAAGACAUUGUGAUCAAAUAGCGAGAUGUAGUCAAGGAGUGGGGGUCUAA